CAACGGGAAUUUAUUUCUUACAGUUCUGGAGGGCUGCAAGUCCAAGAUCAAGGCCCUGGCAGAGUCUAUGUCUGGUGAGGGUCCACUUUCUGGUUCACAGACAGUCGUCUACCAGCUGUGUCCUCACAUGGUGGGGGUGAGGGGUAAAGAACCUUUCUGAGCCUCUUUUAUAAGGGUGCUAAUCCCAUAGGUUCACCACCUCCCAAAGGGCUCAUCUCCAUAUAUCAUCACACUGGGGAUUAGGUCCCAACAUUAUGAAUUUUGGGAGACAUAAAUAUUCAGUCACUAGCAGGAAGGCAGAAGCAUGUGUGGCUCAGAAUGACCUCAACAUGAGUAGAAGGCACACCGCAUAACCCACCUAGUUGUUCAGAGCUCUACGUAGCAGGAAGCAAUGCUUUCAGCAUAAUUUCACUUUAAAAAAUUAAUAAAGUAAGGCAGUUUGUUUGGAAGCCAAACAUCAUAGUCUACACUUUAAAAAAAAAGUAUGUUUGACACUGUAGAAUUUUGAGGGACGGCUCCAGAUGGAAAACAAGCACCAUUUUCAGCAAUGGCAAAUAAAGGGCAAGUUUAGUAAAUACUCAAAACUAUAAUGAGCAGAAAUCUCACAAGGCAAGCUUUCUAAAGUGCAGAUUUCCGGGCCUCAUCUAUCCUAACCUAAUUCAUCAGCUAUAGUGUAGGGCCUAAACCCUGAACCUGUAACAAGGAUCUUCUGGGAAUCUGAUGUAGGUGGUCCUUGGCCUACCAUUUGAGAAACUGGCUUAGACAGUGUUUUACCAGAAGUUACUAGGGUUGUUUGAAUCUGGAACUGUCUCUGGAAUUACCUUGUUAUCUGUCACAGGAACUUGGGGUUGAGAACACAUUUCCCAUCAAAAAGGAUUCCAAGCCCAGGAGUUGUGCAGGGGUGACACACUUUGUAGUGGUUUUAUGGAGUUGAAUGUGGUAGACAAACGUUGGAGAGGUAAGGCUUUCUAAACCUUCUUGUACGGCAGGAUAUUUCCCGAAUUUACUCAAGUCAUGCAACCCCUUCAGAAAACAAGGCUUGUCAGGCCACAAUGCUACACGAAGCCUGCUAAUGGGUUUUUAAAAACAGUAGAGAAAGUGAAAAAACAGGCCAUCUUGCUGUUCCGUCCAAGGAAGAGGAAAUGGCCACUCGAAAUUUGGAAGCACGUUUUUUGGUAUCCCUGUUUCUCUCUGAACCUUGACUUUUUGUGACCUAGCAAUGCUCCUCUUUCUUCUGAGGCCUGACUCCCUACUUUGAGUAACUCUAGAAUCUGAUUAAAGCGCCAAUAAUCAAAUUUUUAACCCAAACGAGUAGCCAACGCCCUUAACCUAGAGGCUGGGCCGGAGCUGAGGUUCAGGCUGAGCGGGGUGAAGCGCUGACACAGCUCUCACGAAUCGCAAUGCGCACUCGAGGAGCGGGCGCCAUCUUCGCGGCGGAGGGGCUCAACUGCGCCCCUAGUUCUGCUCUUUCAGGCUCUUGGCCCUGGACUCGGUCGCGAGGGUCAAAGGUCGCGGGCGGAGAGGCCCACAGGCCCCGCGCCGCCGGAAGCUCGGUCUUCGGGCGGCCGCGUUCUCAGCGAGCGCGCCGGGUGCUCCACGGCCCGGGCCUCUUAAGUCGUUCGCGACCUGCCCCGGUUCGGCCCGCCCCGAUUCCUGGACACGCGAGCGACACCGGCCGCCCCGGGUACUGUGGCCUAAAAACCGGCUUGCUGACGUCCCCCAUGGUGGGGUUCAUGGUGACCAAUCAGUGCACCUUCCACAGACCCGUCAGCUUUCCUCAGGUCCCAGUGGCUGCGCUGGCCGUGGAGAAGGUGGGUCACUCCAGCGUGCAUUACCGCCUUGCUCUGUUUCCCCCGGAGCCCACCGAGGAGCCGCCUUCAGUAGAUCACCAGGACCUCAGUGAUGGCUUUUUUCUUGGCCACCCCAAGCUGGUGCAUUUUGCUGCCUUGGCCUGCACCACCGGGUCUUCAGUCCAUGUUUUUGUAAAUCCAGCCACCAGCAAGCCUACAGGCCUUCCCAACGACUUCAGGAACGGGCUCCUCAGGCUGAUGCACCCGGCUUCUGCGUGAAUCGUCUGUAGAUGGAACUGUGCCUGUCAGAAAAUAAAGUUUAGAUUAUUCUCUCAAGAAUUUCUUUUGAUUUCUUAGCAUAUAUUUUUACCCUUAUAAUAAGUGUCAGUUCCUCUAAAGUUGUUCAAACAGAGUGUUCUGGCUCCACUGGUCAGCCAUCUCCUUGCAUUGGGCCUGGGGCAAAAUGCUUUACAAUAGAGCCGUGCCAACCACCCAGUGCGGAAGGUACUGCUCUUAUCUCCCUUUACAGAAGAGAAAAAGGUUUGCAGAGUGGAAGUAAUUGGCCUAAAGUCGUUCAGCUAGUGAAUUGAUCUGACUCUGAAGUCUCCUGGGAGUGUUCUCUUCACGCAUCUCUAUCUCCAAUAUUUUAGCAGCAUGGCCACCUCUUCCUGUGGCUUGGGAUCACUAAUCUGGUAUGACUCCUUCCUCAGCUUCUUAUAGUUAAUAACUGUAUGACCUCCUUUAAAAAAAAAAACGAUGUGAAUGUAAAAAGAAAACAUCUUUCUAUCAUGUAUUUAAAACAACAAACCUUUGAUAAUUUUCUGAUAAAUCCACAGCCUCCAUCAGUCACACAUGCCAUGGGAUGAAAUCUAAAAGCAACCAUGAGGUAAAAAAAAUCU